GCCAGAUGCCUCUUACAUUUGCUUCUGACACAGUUGUGUUGACUAACAACCUCAGGAACAGACACCAUGGUGCACCUGACUGAUGCCGAGAAGGCUGCCGUCAGCGGCCUGUGGAGCAAGGUGAACGUGGAUGAAAUUGGUGGUGAGGCCCUUGGCAGGCUGCUGGUGGUCUACCCUUGGACCCAGAGGUUCUUUGACAGCUUUGGAGACCUGUCCUCUCCCUCUGCUGUGAUGAGCAACCCCAAGGUGAAGGCUCAUGGCAAGAAGGUGCUGAACUCCUUCAGUGAAGGCCUGAAGCAUCUGGACAACCUCAAGGGCACCUUUUCCAGCCUGAGUGAGCUGCACUGUGACAAAUUGCACGUGGAUCCUGAGAACUUCAAGCUCCUGGGCAAUGUGAUCGUGGUUGUGCUGGCCCACCACCUGGGCAAGGAUUUCACCCCGGCGGCACAGGCUGCUUUCCAGAAGGUGGUGGCUGGUGUGGCCACUGCCCUGGCUCACAAGUACCACUAAACUCCUUUUUCUGCAGUUCUCUUUGCACAAAGGUCAUCUGUCCUCUACAGACCAACUCCUGAAUGUGGGGUAAAUUCUGAAGGCCUUUGGGCAUCUGGCUUCUGCCUAAUAAACUACAUUUAUUUUCACUGCAA